AUGGACAUUCAAUCACUCUACCCACUAGUCUAUCUAAUAACUGCAACGUCCACCUCAGCCCCUGCUGUGACAUCUGUCUGGCGGUCAUUCUUGGUAGAUCUCGACAAUAUCGAGUUCUACCAGCCCCAGCCCUCCAAAUCACUGGAACUGGGACCAGCUCGUUCUACCCAGCCCGUUCUACUGCCUCCUUUCCUUUCCGUUGCGGCUGCCUGCAAAGCCCUCCCUCGGGACGAUGGCUUUCUGCUUCUUGCCCGCUCUUAUGGGGAGCAUUCUGCAUGUGGCCCUGCGAGACCGAAUUCGUUCGAUGUCGAGUUGACCAAGUUCGCGAAAACAGAACCACAGGUGAUGGACUCGCGUACGGACAACAACCUCUCACAGCGAGGAAACGGCAAUGUGAUUCUGGAUGCUGCCACACUUUCCCCAACUGCGUCUCUUCCCAGCUUCGAUGAGGGGACAGAUCUGGCUGGCCGCUCCGAAGUGGUAAUCCCACCACCGCCUCGACGCAAGCCGUCAGUGGUGGCCCAAAGACAAACUUCUGAGUGUCAGAACCGGCAACGCGGCGAUGAUGGCUCUCGGCGCUCCAGCCGGUCUAGUAAAUUAGAACCCAGGGUGUCUCAACGUCACUCAAAGAGACAAAGAAUCGUGACCCGCUCCAUGAGAGAAUCCAGUAAACGUGCACUUUCUCUGCAUUCCGCCGGGUCACCAACUCGCCCAACACAGUCAACGCCAGAUUUACCGCAUCUGUCACCGGCAGGCCACUAUAGCACUCGAGACAUUGUUGGGCGAGCUAUCCUUACUAUUGACUCUUAUGGUCCGCAACAGGAAUAUUUUUUCUCAUUCAUCCCAAUUUUGCCCAGUCAGCUCAACACACUAUCACUACAAUCUUCUUCCCCCAAGGAGCCAGCCCUGCCUGUCAGCCUUUCGUGUGCACCUGCUGCUAGCAACCCUAAGAAAUCUGUGAAAAAGAGGCCUUAUUCAUCUGCAGAGGAUCUCUUGGUUAGCCUAAAAGCCACAGGGAGUAUGGAUUGGGAGGAAGUUGCGCAGCAUUUUCAGGACAGAAGUGCAGGAGCACUUCAAGUACAUUAUUCUACAAAACUCAAGCAUAAGGCCGCUAGCUGUCGUCGCAGGCAUCCAAGAAGUUCCAGAAAGAAUGUUUAA